AAAAUCUGACGUGGCAUGAGAUCCGGACGUGACAUAGCUACACAUCAUCCCUACUCACCUCUGCAGCUCAGUCACUUUCUACCACAUCCACGGGUUGUCCUGGUCCUGGAGAAGAGCUGAGUCCUGUUUCCGAUCUGAACCAAGAAGCGUGAUGUGGCUGUUCGUGUUGGCCGGUUUACUAAACUGCGCCUCGGCCUACGAUGUGGAUCUGAAGAAGCUUGAGGGGCUCGCGAAGGCGAGGGUUGAGUCGUGUGGUGGAUGACAGCUUAACAGGCUCAGAGAGGUCAAAGCCUUUGUGGUCGAAGACAUUCCUCUCUAUCAUAACCUGGUGAUGAAGCACAUCCCCGGGGCUGACCCUGAGCUUGUUCUUCUGAACCAUUAUUAUGAGGAGCUGGAUCGGAUAGCUCUGUCUGACAUGACCCGCUCUGAGAUCAAUGAGCUGAUGGGGAAGCUUGGCUUCUACAAGAAGGCCAAAGCUGAGGAAGAGGUGCCCGAGGAGUUCCGUUUCUCUCCUGCCAAAGACAGCCCAUUUAAAGAUGAGCCAGCACACAAACCUGCCACUUCUUCUCUAGUCACAGAGAGCUCCUCCUCAGAGCCAGACCAGGAGGUCCAGCAUACUGACCUAUAACCUAUCAAGGAAGAGAAAAGUAGGAAUCUCACAGUACCUCUUUGCCCCUUAGCUGCUCUAUGACCAUGUGGUUUCUGCAGUUAUGACAGAAAUGUUUGUCAUUUUUAGUAAAAAGGCCAGCAGAUCAUGGAGCAGCCUUUGGGCAAGGAUGGAAUUUUAGCAUCAGCAAAAGACCUUUAAAAAGGUCUCUAGUCUGAAUUUGCACAUCUUCUUUUUGCUGUUUCCUCUUUGUUUUGCAGCAAUAAGUACCCAACGGGUCACGUUGUGAGUGCUUUUCUACUCCCCACAUAGAGACUGGAAGUGUAUGUUUUAAUUUGUUGUGACAGCUGUCUUUAGGAUCUUCCCCUGGCUUGAGUUCUCUUGUGUGCCUGACUGUUACCAACCUGCUGUGAAACUGAAUGAAGCCUCAGGCUGAAAAACUGUCUGACUGGCCUGAGGUUGAUGCUACAUGUUCUUGUGGGUGGAGCUAAUGCACACAAGAGUAGUCAAGUCAAAGGGUUGUAAAAGUGGGAAAUAAUAAAAUGAAAAAGGUAAAGUA